AUGGUCUUCAACAAUGCGCAGUCUUUCCUCGACGCCGCAGACGUCCCAGACCCGAGCGACUUUCCUCCGUCCGACAGCGCCCCCGGUCUGCGCCAGCUCGAUGAGGCUCUGCGCUGCAGCAUAUGUCGCGAGCUGUACGCCGCGCCCAUGACCCUCAACUGCGGCCACUGCUACUGCUCGCUCUGCAUCCGGAGCGUGCUGAACGAAAAGCAGGAGUGUCCCGCGUGCCGCAAGUUCGCCUCCGAGGAACAUCUGCGCAAGAACGUCGCGAUGGAGAGUGCGGUGAAGGCGUGGGCGCUCGCGCGGGAGUUCGUCCUCCGGCUCUCCAAGGAGCAAGAGCGACGCGCACAGUUGAACGGCAUUGAUGGCGUGGCUGAAGAUAUCGAGGGCGCGCGGCCACACAAGCGGCGGAGACGAGCGCAUUCGUCGGAAGUGAUCCACGACGACGACGUAGAGAUUGUGGGUGUCUCGUCGAGGCAUUUUUCCUCGUCGGGGAAAGUCAGGAGGCUCUCGGCAGAGCACGCGCGGCACUCUUCCUGUUCAUCGACACCGAAAUCACCUAGCACCCCCGACAACACCGACGGUCCGGUCGAGUGCCCGCUGUGUCAAAAGCGCGUCCCGCUCGACGUGAUCAACCAACACAUUGACAGCAGCUGCCGCGUAUUCACGUCCUCCUCGUCCACGGGUGCAUCCGGAUCCGGCACCACACACAAAGGCAAGCAGAAACAGGAAUGGUCCAAGCUUCUUGGCAGUGACAGUGGCAGCUCACGCCGGGCAAAGGAAAAGGGGAAGGGAAAAGAACGAGCGGGCGGGGAGCUGUCCGAGGACGAGUACCUCCCGAAGGUGUCCUACCACACCAUCAAGGACAAGCGGUUGCUCGAGCUCCUGCACGAGCACGAGCUGCCCACCACAGGCGAGCGCGCCGCGUGGGUGCGGCGGCACGAAAAAUGGGUGAUGAUGCACAACGCGAACGCAGACCGCGCCUCGUCCGACCGGCGCACGCGCGCGCAGCUCCGGCGCGACCUGCGCGCAUGGGAGGACGGGCUGCGCGCGGCUGCCAGCGGGAAGCAGAGGCAUGUCGUGACGGACGCCGUGGCGUACCAGGCUGCGAACAGAGCAGAGUUUGCGCAGCUGGUCGAAGCCGCGCGCCCGAAGAAAAAGCCCACAGAAGAGGAGGCGGCGGAUGAUGGGCAGACAGAGGGCCGAGGUACGGGGAGAGAGGACGGCCCCGCCAUAGCUAUCGUCCUAGACGAUAGUGUGAGCGAAAGCUGA